CUGGCUCACUGCGUCGAGCUAUUUUACUUUUCAAGCACCAUUCCACCCUCAAGAAAAGUUGAUCAAGGCUGAGUUCGGGGAAGGGGACAUCCUGGCUCCACCCGGGUAAAGCCCGAAGCCCCGAACUUUUAAAGAAAGAGGGGCUGACGGCCCGUGGAUGGCAAAAGCUCUGUCGGAACCCUACUAAAUACUGCACAUCACUAGUUCUUCAAUAUGGUUGCAGAAUAUGAAUAAUCAUCGGCAGUACUACUGCCGACCUUGCUGCUGCAUACAUACUCGACAACAAAGCGGCCCACAAACAACUUCGUCUUGGUCACACUGCACACUACAUUGCUUUGCUUUACUUACAGGAGGGGACGGCAACGCACAUUGCACAGGCAACAAUCAGAAGACUAGUAGAAAAAAAUAUUUUUUAUUUUUUUUUUCUUUCUUUUGUUUAGGGAAGGAAUGGAAAGGAAGUGUGGGAAUCCAGCCUUAAUGUCCCACUUUCUUUCCUCAUGCUGUGUUCCUUUGUCCCGAGUACUUUUCUCCUCUCAACGGAGUUGGUCGCUCUGUUUGGAACCGCACUCAACAGCUCUCAACACAUUUACUUCCUUUUCUCCGUCUUUCAAUUCUUCGAUGGGGAUACUCAUUAGGAAGGUGGUUGGCUCUACCUCUUGGUAUUUUCUUCUCAAUUCCCAGAGCUGCGGUACCAAGGGGGGCGGGCAAUGUUGAACCAUGGUUGCUUGUCACUUAGUGUACCACACAUCGGGGGCUCGGAGCAACGUAUCGUGGCUUUCUUACCAAGCAGACAGUGUCUCGAACCAGCCCACUAAUUUCAUCCUCAACGCAUCCUCAAAAAUGAUCAUUGGGAUUGUCGGGGCUUUGUUUGCCGGUACCUGGGCACUCCUUACAUACAUACCAUGAUCCGAUGACCGGCCGGGGAUAGUGGGUAAAACUUCAGAGAGAAAAAAAGGACGUCUUCGCAGACAAAGGAGGAGGGG